AUGCCUUUGCUGCGACGUCUCUGGGUCCUCCGCCGCUUGCUGCGCCGCUUUCUGACAGCAGCCUGCAAUCAUGACUCACCAAACUGGCACAUUACCACGACCGCUCCGCAGACGCUGGCUCACUUCAUGCGCGCCUCGGUCAGCGCGCUCCGCCCCAACCUGGCAGUGCUCGCCGCCAGCCGUCUGGCGCAGGCACGCUGCUAUGCUCUGGACGCCGCAGUCAAGAACCGCAUUGAUGACCUGGUGCAGAAGGAGAAGCUCUUUGUCUUUAUGAAGGGCGAGCCGUCCAUGCCCAUGUGCGGCUUCAGCAAGGCCGUCAUUCAGGUCCUCGAGAUCCAUGGUGUUGAGGCCGAGAAGGUCCCCUUCUUCAACGUGCUGAGCGACGAGGAGAUUCGUCAGGGCAUCAAGGAAUACUCAGAGUGGCCCACCAUUCCUCAAGUGUUCAUCAAUGGCGAGUUUGUUGGCGGCUGUGACCUCAUGAUCGAAAUGCACCAGAACGGCGAGCUCGACGACAUGCUUGAGGAGGCUGGCGUUGCGCGCAACGUACCCACUUCGUGA